AUGAACUGGGCAUUCCUCCAGGGCCUCCUGAGUGGGGUCAACAAGUACUCCACGGUUCUUGGCCGAGUCUGGCUGUCAGUGGUACUGAUAUUUCGAGUACUGGUCUACGUAGUGGCAGCAGAGGAGGUGUGGGAUGAUGAACAAAAGGACUUCGACUGCAACACUCGACAGCCGGGUUGUGCGAACGUCUGCUACGACCACAUCUUCCCCAUUUCCCACGUCCGCCUGUGGGCCCUCCAGCUCAUCCUGGUCACUUGUCCCUCGCUGCUCGUCGUCAUGCACGUAGCCUACCGAGAGGAGCGGGAGCGGAGGCACCGGAUGAAGCAUGGCCCCCAGGCCAGGCCCCUCUAUGGCAACCCAGGGAAAAAACGUGGAGGUCUCUGGUGGACCUACCUGCUAAGCCUUAUAUUCAAGGCUGGUGUGGAUGCCAGCUUCCUGUACAUCUUCCAUCUCCUCUAUAACAACUAUGACAUGCCCCGUGUGGUGCACUGCUCCGUGGACCCCUGCCCCAAUGUGGUAGAUUGCUUCAUCUCCCGGCCCACGGAGAAGAAGGUCUUUUCCUACUUCAUGGUGGCCACAGCUGUCAUUUGCAUCCUGCUCAAUCUAGGGGAAGUGUCCUACCUGAUCUGUAAGAGAGUCCAGGAGCUCAUAGGGCCACAGAACUCUAAGCAGCAGAGGCGGCACCAUCGGAGGCAUGGCCACCAUGGCCCCUUGGGGACCCUGCAGGAUGCCUGCCCCCCAUAUGCUCCCUCCCAGGCUUUGUCCCAAAGUGACCCCACCAAGGAGGCCACGUUGCCUUGCUGA